AUGGUGGAAACAUACACGACUGAUGAAGCGCUUACGGCAGUGGGAUUCGGGAGGUUCCAGGCGCUGGUCCUGGUGUACGCGGGCGUGGGCUGGGUCGCGGAAUCCAUGGAGCUCAUGCUCCUCUCCUUUGUCGGGCCCAUGGUGCGGGAGGAGUGGCAGGUGUCUGCCCAACACGAGAGCCUGCUCUCCAGCAUCGUCUUCUUCGGCAUGCUGCUAGGCUCCUGUGCCUGGGGCUUCGUCUCCGACACAUAUGGCCGGAGGACCGGUUUGCUCUUCUCCACGUUGUUCACCACCGGGAUGGGUUUCGUCAGCGCUUUCUCGCCCAACUACGCGUGCCUGGUGGCGCUUCGGUUCCUCGUCGGCGUCGGGGUGGGCGGCGCCCACGUCUUCAUGUCCUGGUUCCUGGAGUUUGUCCCCGCGCACAACCGUGGCACCUGGAUGGUCGCCUUCUCCGUGUUCUGGACCCUUGGCACCGUCGUGGAGGCUUCGCUGGCGUGGGUGGUCGUAUCGGCGUCCCUGAGUUGGCGGUGGCUGCUGGCGCUGACGGCCCUCCCGCUCCUACUCCUUCUUCCUCUCUUCGGAGCCACGCCGGAGUCGCCUCGCUAUCUCUGCGCACGGAACAAGCUGCCGGAGGCGACGCUUGUCCUGCAGAGGAUCGCGGCCGCCAACCACGCGGCUCUUCCUCCUGGAACUCUCACCCGCCUCAACCGCGGUGAAAGUGAUUAUGAGUGUGAGAGUGAAACACGGUAUCACCUUCCUCUCCUUUUUCUUCUUCGGGGCACAGACAACGAUGCUGCCAUGAGCUCCAAGCUGCGCAGCCUGUUGUCGCCGGACAUGCGCAGGUGGACGCUCCUGCUCUGGUUUGUCUUCUACGCUCAGUCCUUUGUUUACUACGGCCUUGUCCUGCUCACCUCUCAGCUGGUUGAUGCAAAUACAAGCUGUCCUCCUACCGUGUCAGCUGUGGCAGUGCUCUUCAACGGUGAGCAUCACCCAGAUGAUGCUGCUGCCGCUGCCAGCCUAUACAAGGAUACAUUUGUUACUAGUUUUUCAGAGAUCCCUGGACUAAUCCUCUCUGCCGUCCUCGUUGAAUGGUUUGGACGGAAAGCUACCAUGUCCUGCUUGCUCUUCACAUGCUGCGCUUUCCUUGCGCCGCUUCUACUUCGUCAGAGCGAGCUAUGGACGACUGGCCUUCUAUUCGGUGCCCGUGCUUGUGCCAUGGGUAGCUCCAUCGUUCUAUGUCUGUACGCCCUAGAGGUUUAUCCAACAUCAGUACGCUCGACUGGUGUCGGAAUUGCAUCCGCGGUUGGUAAAGUCGGUGGGGUUGUUUGCCCCCUUGUAGCUGUUGGGAUGCUCAGGAGCUGUCAUCAAAUGGAAGCCAUCAUUGUGUUUGGGGCCGUGUUGUGCCUCGCAGCAAUUGCCUGCAUGCUAUUCCCUCUAGACACCAAGGGCCGUGACAUCAACUGA